UCGCGCUGGCUGCACCGCGUGUCAGUUCGAAAGCGACCGCGGACAAUAACUGACAGGCCAACCGGUCAGCGAGCCAGUCAGCCAGCCGACUCGGCUGCGAAACAACCGCGCGCUCGGCGUGUUCCCUUUCUUUCCUCCGGCACAGCUGGGCCCGUGGUCCCCUCGAGAACCAUCAUGUUCCACGGAAAGUGUUCGACGAAGAAUUGUCUGAUCGUGGAAACGUGAGAUCCCAGCCGAGAUGGAUGAAACGUGACGGGUAUUCAAGUGUGUGGCGUGUGAUCCAGAAAACAGAAGCACUCGAGUGUUGUCCGUGUCCGAUAGAGAGUGUACUCGGUAGUGAGGGUUUCCCUGGUGAUUCAAUAAUCUAUAUUCUCUGUGUGAGUGCGCGCCGUUGCCAUUAGAGGCGCGAUAGAUUAAUCGACGGACGAAAAGCUUCAUCGAUCACACACCGACCAAGGGAUCGAUGCGCCGAAGCUCGGAGAACUGGACGGAGGACGCUAUGCAUAGUCAGACCGUGGCAAGAUAAAAAAAUGUGAGAACUACGUUUAGAGACGUGACGGGACCAAGUCGACGGAAAUCAGCUCCAAAUGCGCGGCAAGGGAAGCAAGGAGGUGCAGCAAGCCACCCAGAACAGCCGCAGUGGACAGUUGACCUAGUGAGUUCGUCGAUUUGCGCGCGGAAGCACGCCGCGAGAAAUAACGCGGUGGAAGAAAAAAAAAGGGAAAAGAAAAAAAAAAUGCGAAACGGCGGUCAACCGCAGCAGACGGCGGUAAUGGCACCGCCGCACCUAAACGGCUCCGCGCAAUUCGUUUCCGGCGGUUACGUCGGCUACGUGCCACGCCAGGCCUGGGGCCAAUUCCAAGGGGCGCAGCAGCAGCAUCAUCCCCGGAACACGGCCAGGCCUCUGUCGCAUCCGCCACCGCCGCCGCCACCCUCCAGAAGGGAGAGCCAAAGACCACCGCCUCCCUCCGGCAAUGGGCCUGCCAACCCUAAAUGCACGUCCCUUCCGCAUUCCAGGCCGGGAACGCACAGGAGCACCACCCCCUCGAAGGUGGAUCCCGAGCUGAUAUUCACGAAACAAGAACGAAUCGGAAAGGGUAGUUUCGGCGAGGUGUUUAAAGGGAUCGACAAUAGGACCCAGCAGGUGGUUGCCAUCAAGAUCAUCGAUCUCGAGGAGGCGGAGGAUGAGAUCGAGGACAUACAGCAAGAGAUCAUGGUGCUGUCCCAGUGCGACAGCCCAUACGUUACCAAGUAUUAUGGGUCCUAUCUCAAGGGAACGAAACUAUGGAUUAUUAUGGAGUACUUGGGUGGCGGCUCGGCCCUGGACUUGAUGAAGGCUGGUAGCUUCGAGGAAAUGCACAUCGCGGUGAUAUUGCGCGAAGUGCUCAAAGGGCUGGAUUAUCUUCACAGCGAGCGGAAGCUUCAUCGUGAUAUUAAAGCGGCGAACGUUCUGCUGAGCGAAAUGGGCGAUGUAAAGCUGGCCGACUUCGGUGUCGCCGGACAGUUGACCAACACGACCAGCAAACGAAACACCUUCGUCGGCACGCCGUUCUGGAUGGCACCGGAAGUAAUCAAACAGUCCGCCUACGAUUCGAAGGCUGACAUUUGGUCGCUGGGCAUCACGGCGAUCGAAUUGGCCAAGGGAGAACCGCCGAACAGCGAGCUGCAUCCCAUGAGGGUCCUCUUCCUCAUACCGAAGAACAAUCCCCCGCAGCUAACCGGAAAUUACACGAAGCAGUUCAAGGAGUUCGUCGAGGCCUGCCUGAACAAGGACCCCGAGAACAGACCAACAGCGAAAGAACUGCUCAAGUUCCAGUUCAUUAAAAAGGCGAAGAAGAACUCAUACCUGAUCGACCUGAUAGACCGGUACAAAAAGUGGAAGUCCCAGCGCAGCGAGGAAUCCGAGACGGAGAGCGAAAAUUCGGACUCGGAAGAGUCGAAGCAGGAUAGCGACAUGGACGAGCCCUGGAUAAUGACAGUGAAGGGUCCUCACGGGGUGAAAGGUUCCGUGGUGCCGAUGCUACCCCUGGACGAGCAGCCGGCCUCGUUGACGCUGACACACACGCCGAAUCACAAUCAGCAGACGAAGCCGCACGCGAACGGAGCGUCGAGGUCUCCGCCGAAGGAGUCCACGUUGAAUCAUUACAGGAGCGAAUCCAGGGACUCUGUGCGCGAUGGCCAAUCAAAGCACACGCCGUCCCGACCCCACGAGGCCGCGCCACCGCCGCCUGUUGACACACGGGAGAAACGGGAGGACAGGGACCACAGGGUCUUCGAUAGAGAUUCCUCGAUGAGGGAGCUGAAGGAGAGCCGUGACGCCAGAGACAGCAGGGACAGGGGGGAGGGUCGUGAUAGAGGGGCGAGGGAAAGAUGGGACAAGGAUGUAAAUUCGAAAGAGUGGAGGAGGCUGGACCCCAGGCCCGCCGAGAAUAAACAGAGGCCGAGGAGCUCGCAGGAGCUGAAGCAUCCGCGAAGCGCUGUCCUUUCCGGUGUUGUUUUACCUCUUCUUUCCGAGCUUCAACGGAAGCAUCAGUAUUCGACGAGAGACAAUAAUGGCGAGGGCGGAAGCGGCAUCAGCAAGAACGGAGGCGCGAUAGAGGAAUUACGGAGCGCGUUCGAAACGGCGGAACGCAAUUCGCCGGGUAUGACCGAGGCCCUUGUCAGGGAACUCCUAAAGUCCUUACUUCCUGCCAAUCACUCGGAGGGUCGUUUGUCCAUGCUGAUGGAGAAGGUCAGUCUGAGAAGCGACAAAAGAAGAAACGCAAGAGGGUGAUAGAGUACAAGAGAGAAAAUGAGAGAGAAGAAGAGAGAGAGUGAGCGAGCAAAAGAACCGAGCGAGUGUGUCCUGUGUGAGAAAGGUAAGAGAGAAACAGAAAAGCGUUCGGCGAGGGUGGAACUAGCGUAAAACCAAUUGUAACGAGAACAUAGUAUUAAUUGCCAGGAAGAAUCAAUUGCAGAUGAAGAAGAGAGGUGACAGAGAGACCUAACUAUCGUAAGCCCGCGAGUAUACAUGUUACGUAGUUGUGUUUAUUCCAGUCAGCGAGGCGGUCAAUGAGAGAGAGAGCCGUGAACUCCUACGAUUAUUGUUGUAAGAAAUCUUGUCGUCUACGAUGAGGAACGAGAUAAUUGUUAGAACGUGAACACCUCCGAUCUCCGCUCUACCAUACACAACCCACCUCCCUUUUUGUUCUCUCUCUUUUCCGACUCGUUCUCCUACCGUCCGUGGAAGACAUUCUUCUUCUCCUUUUUCCUCGAGACUAAGAGAGAAAGAAAGAGAAGGAAGAAAUAACGACACCAGAGUAGGAGGAUUUUUACUACUUUUGUCCCCCCCCCCUUUCCCUCCCCCUUUCUUAGUUGAAUUACCUUAGUUAUUCUACAUUACACUCUAUUACUGUUAACAUUAUGGAUUUAAUUGUCUUAUCAUUGUUUCACCGUUGGGUUAGGAUUUCUUUUCGAUGACUUUUAACGACGGUCGCUACCCCCAGUCAUCCUCAUAAAGCUGCCAUAAAACGCUUACCGGCUACGCUCUAAUAAAGACACUCAGAAAACU